CUGCACUCGAGCUGCACUCGAGCUGCCUUUUCUUCUUCACCAGAGCGGUUUCAGAGCCCUUCCCUGUGGCCCCAGUGCAUCGCAGUCAUCGGCUAACAGCGCGUCAACCGCCCUUGUUUGCCUCCAGUCAGCAGCAGAUAUCGUCAUGGCGUCGGCCACCAAGUGGGAUUCGACCUUGUCUGAGCCCAUAUCCCGGAAGCCCCAUCCCCACCCUCACAACAUGCUGUACUACGGCAAGUGCAUGAUCGGCGGCAUCAUGAGCUGCGGCUUCACCCACACGGCCGUGGUGCCCCUGGACGUGACCAAGUGCAAGAUGCAGGUCUUCCCCCAGAAGUACACCGGCCUCUUCUCGGGCAUCCGGACCAUCGUGGCCGAGGAGGGCAUGGGCGGCCUGGCGCUGGGCUGGCUGCCCACCUUCAUCGGCUACUCCAUGCAGGGGCUCUGCAAGUUCGGCUUCUACGAGCUCUUCAAGGACGUCUACGCCAACGCGGCGGGCGAGGAGAAUGCGGCCAAGUACAAGGGCUUCCUUUGGCUGGGGGCGAGUGCGAGCGCCGAGUUCUUCGCCGACAUCGCCCUGUGCCCCAUGGAGAUGGUCAAGGUCAAGGUGCAGACGUCACCAGCGGGCACGUGGCCGACAGACCUCGUUGGCGCCACCAGCAAGAUGGUCGAGAAGAGCGCAGAGACCAGAUUCCCGGUGAGUGAGUGAGUGAGUGAGGGGAUGAAUGGCGGGGCAGGGCGGGCAGAGAUCGAUGUGUGUGGAUGUGUGUCAGUUUGGCAGUGUGGUUCCGUUGUGGAGUCGGCAGAUCCCGUACACCAUGGCCAAGUUUUAUUUCUUUGAGAAGUGCGUGCAGCUCUUCUACGACAACGUCUUCACACAGCCCAAGGACACCUACUCCAAACCCACACAACUCGGGGUCACAUUCGCAUCAGGUGAAUGAAGGACACACACGCAGAGGCAGGGAGGGAGGAGGGGAGGCCUACACGUGUGUGGACUUACCUUUCAUGUGUGUGUGUGGAUGUGUGUGUGUGGUCAGGUUACUUGGCUGGCGUGAUCUGUGCGGUCGUGUCCCACCCCGCGGACAACCUGGUCUCGCAGCUGGGCAAGGCGGAGCACAAAGGCAAAGGGUACACACCGACGGCCGCUCACGCAUGACCUCAUGUGGGCGAUAUGAUGGAUGUCUGUGUCCUGUGUUGUGUGUUGGUUCGUAACUUCAUUCAGAUUGGGUCAGAUAGCGUCAGAGGUGGGUGCGUGGAAUCUGUGCACCAAGGGCAUCGGCACCCGUAUCCUCAUGAUCGGCACACUCACCGGCCUCCAGUGGUGGAUCUACGACACAUUCAAGGUGCGAUGCGACACACAAAUGCUGCCCGGUCUCACACGCGACACAGGCCAUCCACUCUCUCUCUCUCUCUCUCUCUGUGCGCUCUCUGUGCGCAGACUGCGAUGGGUAUGGGGACGACGGGGGGCGGGACGGCCAAGAAGGCCGCCUGAUGAUGACUGGUGAUGAUUUUGAUCCGAUGGCAUCACUAUCAAUCACUUGUAGACAGAUAGACCGCCUGUUUGUUGCUGCCUCCCUGCCUCCCUGCCUCCCUGCCUGCCUGUCUGCCUGUCUGCCUCUGUCUCCCUCUCUGUAUCGAUCUGAAUGGACGGCAUUGCGGCCCCGCCUUUCUGGCUGCAUGGCCGUCCGUCUUUUGACUCACUCCUGCGUGAAUGGACGAAUGGAUGGAUGGAUGGAUGGACUUUGUGUGCAGAGCCGUUGCCGCGGACCGGUCGUGUGCGCCGGUCCCUUCACAGACAGACAGACAGACACAGACAGGCGGACAAGUACUCGUCCUGCAUAUCGAUUUUUGUGUGGCCAGCCCACGACGGGAUGUGUGGGCCAAUUCAAUCAUGUCAUGGAUGUGUGGUGUCUGUCUGUCUGUGGUCCGACUUUUCGAAGAGAUGUGCACAUGUCGCUACUGCUGGCUCCUGCAUACCUGCUCCUCACUCACUGGCUGCUUGUGGAUGUGUUCUUGAG